AUGUGUGAUGCUUGCCACCGCUCUGAAGCUCAGGAUUACUGGCGUGCUUUAGUUCAAGUUAGACAGAGGGCAAAUAACAGGAAAACAUUUUAUUAUUUGGAACAGCUAAUUUUGAAGCACAAAGCUCAUUCUAAUACACUUGGAAUUAAGCCUAAACAUGAUGGUUUAGACUUUUUCUACGCAUCAGAAAAUCAUGCCCGUAAAAUGGUUGAUUUCAUUCAAUCAGUGCUUCCAAUAAAGUGUCAACACUCAAAGAAGCUAAUUUCUCAUGAUAUUCACAGUAAUGUCUACAACUACAAAUUCACAUUUAGCAUAGAAAUUGUACCUCUAUCCAAGGACAGUGUGGUUUGCCUUCCAAAAAAGUUGACACAUCAAUUAGGCGCAAUUUCGCCCAUAUGUCUAGUGCAAAGAGUUACUAGUACAAUACAUUUAAUUGAUGCUAACUCUGGACAAGUAUGUGAUAUAUCUUCAACUGUAUAUUGGCGAAAUCCCUUUUCACCAAUCUGCAAUCCGAAGCAACUUGUUGAAUACAUUGUUAUGGAUAUUGACAUCUUAAAGGAGCAUGAGAAAAAAUCUUUCCCUGGACAGGGUGUGGUAUCAAAUAAGCAUGUGGUGGCUGAUGUGUGGGUUGUUCGAGCAAGUGAAUUGGGCUUAGAUGUCAGUCCUGUGCACACAAGAACUCAUCUUGGACACAUACUGAAACCCGGGGAUACUGUUCUAGGGUACAAUCUAGGGGAUUCGAACGUGAAUGACGAUAACUUGGACAAGCUAGACCGAGGUUCAAUUCCUGACGUGUUUCUGGUGAAGAAAUACUAUGGCGAGCGCUCAGCACGUAGACGCGCUCGUAAUUGGAAGCUCAAACACAUGGCUGAUGAGUUACACGAGGGCUUGAGCUCAUCCAAUGAGGACUACAACGAUUUCUUGGAUGACCUAGAAGAAGACCCGGCCUUCCGACAGAACGUCAAUAUAUUUAAGGACGAGAACAAGGUGCCCGUUGAUACGGACGAUAUCGAUCCGACACUCCCGCGCAUCACGCUGGCCGAAAUGCUUGACGAUUUGGUCAUUGAAGAUGUUGAUAUGACUGAAGUGUGA